CCUAAAUAAGGCAGCGAUGGAGUGGGAACUGGGAAAACCCCAAUUCUGGUCUUCCAAUAGGAAAGGCGCCCUCUCCCCGCCCCAUUUCGUCUCUGAGCCCGGCACCAAAAGCGGGCCCGAGACCUCCUUCGUUCCCCGCUUCUUCUUCCUCCGCUCGACAUCCAUCAGAGCUCUAAAGAACUAGGAGGGAACCAGCCCUCGGUCUCUCGCCCUCUUUAUGUCUCUGCGCCUAGGGUUUUCUUGGUCUCUUUGAUGCUGAUCGCCACCACCGAUGCCUCCAAAGCGCCAGCCCUCUAAGGCGGAGCUCGCCAAGAAGCAGAAGGUCAUCGAGGACAAGACCUUCGGCCUCAAGAACAAGAACAAGAGUAAGAAUGUCCAGAAGUACGUCCAGAGCCUCCAGCAGACCGUCCAGCCGAAGCCCGACCCCUCCAAGAUCACUGCCAAGAAGAAGAAGGAAGAAGAUAAGGCGAGGGAGAAGGAGCUGAACGAUCUGUUCAAGAUCGCCGUCAGCCAGCCAAAAGUCCCCGUUGGUGUCGAUCCCAAGUCUAUACUAUGUGAGUUCUUCAAGGCUGGGCAGUGUCAGAAAGGGUUUAAAUGCAAGUUCUCUCAUGAUUUAAAUGUCCAGAGGAAGGGGGAGAAGAUUGAUCUCUAUAGCGAUAAGCGCGAUCAACCUAAUGAGACGAUGGAGGAUUGGGAUCAAGAAACGCUAGAGAAGGUGGUGGAGUCAAAAAAGAAGGAAUAUAAUCAAAACAAACCCACUGAGAUUGUUUGCAAAUACUUCCUAGAAGCAGUGGAAAGGAAACAGUAUGGUUGGUUUUGGGUUUGUCCAAAUGGUGGGAAAGACUGCCACUAUAGGCAUGCCCUUCCACCUGGGUAUGUUUUAAAAUCUCAAAUGAAGGCUUUAUUGGAGGAAGAGACAGAGAAAAUAUCAAUUGAAGAGGAGAUUGAAAAUCAGCGGGCAAAGACUUCUACCUCCACUCCUCUUACUCCUGAAUUAUUCAUGCAAUGGAAAAAGAAAAAGAUGGAAGAAAGAGAAGCUGGUCUUGCUGUACAACGAGCAGAGAGGGCUAAAAGUGAUCGCAUGAGUGGCCGCGAAUUGUUUCUGUUGGAUUCAAGUGUGUUUGUUGAUGAUGCUGAGGCAUUUGAUAAAUACCAAAGAGAAGAAGAAUCUGAUGCUUCGGAGGAGGUCAUUAUUAGAUUGAUGGUAUACCACCUGCUAAUUCUCCUGGAUGUAAUGAAGUAUGAGAAGGUUAAGAAUGAAAAUGGUGCGGAGAGGCCAGGUACAUCAACUUCUGCUGAUAAGGAUGUGCUGGAUGAUGAUGAUGUUGAAGAAUUGGACAUCGAUGAGCUGAAUGAGCUGGAAGCAAGUCUAUCUAAAACAUUCAUCCAGAUCCGUGAACCAGAUAUAGAGGCAUCAUCUUGAGAAGCUUGCACGCAUCUGCCAAUGCCUAGUCUUGCAUCUAUCUGACCAUGCUCAGAUGGAACCAUCAACAGCAGCAUCUCUGCAUUUUGAAAUCCAAGGCAUGAGUGUACCAUCUAUAGUAGCAAGCUGUGUAAAGUGUGUACAAGGUAACUAGACUGCUCAGAGCAAAGAUGCUCUUAUGACCAGUCGUAUUUUAUCGAAUUUGGUGCUAAUAAUAGAAUCAGACUCAGCUUUGCUUGCUGAGGUGGAGGAGCAAGUUUUGAUGCAGCUUUUCCCAGCCAAGCAAGGUUAUAAAAUAUGGUAUCAGAAAGAGUUUUGGACGGCCUAGUUGUUGACCUUUGAAUAAGCACUUAUUUAAGGCUAAUAUUGAUGCAAGUUAUCUGA